AUGUCCCUCCGCCGGCUCCUUUCCCGCGUGCUCUGCCUUCUCCUUCCGCUGGCCGUAGCAAGCAGUGUGUAUCUCUACCUCUACCCGGCCUUCCAUGGCUGUGCUUUCCCGCUGCCCAAGGGUGACCGUAGAGGCUUAAUCUCGAAUUCAUUUUUCAAUGUACUCCGCCAACACUUCUCACCGCAGUCCGCCGAGGACCCUGCGACCUUCAGACUCCUGGUCCUAGCAGAUCCCCAGCUAGAAGGCGACAGCUCCCUCCCAAAACCCGAAGAUGAACUUUUGGCCCGGAUUCAACAUCACUGGGUGACUGUGAAAUCAUCGGUGAAUGAGACGCAGCCUGUUAACCCUCGCCAAAUUCUCACCGCCGUCUCAACCGCAUUGCGCUUCCUCGUGGAUGAGGACAUCCCUCGCGCAUUACGUGCAGUUCGGAAACGGCUCGAUUUAUUGGGCAACGACUACUACCUCGCACAUAUAUACCGCACACUGCAUUGGUGGAGUCGCCCAACGCACGUCGCGGUCUUGGGUGACCUGAUUGGGAGCCAAUGGGUGACGGAUGAGGAGUUCGAGCGGCGCGGCCGCAGAUACUGGGAACGGGUCUUCAAGGGUGGGGAGCGGAUCAGUGAUGACAUUACAGCCACCGGUGCAAGGAACUAUAGCGGUAGCGAGGAGACGAGCAGCGGACUGGAGAGACUGAACGCCACGCAUUCGACAUGGGACCGGAAGAUCAUCAACAUCGUGGGGAACCAUGACGUUGGGUAUUCCGGGGACUCAAGUGAAGCACGGAUUGAGCGGUUCGAGCGCGUGUUCGGCCGUGCGAACUGGGAUGUGCGAUUCCAGUACCCACUGGACCAAGUUGACAUUGAUAACUCGACUGUUGCUCCUCCCACUCUGCAUCUGAUCAUUCUGAAUACCCUGACCCUCGAUUCACCGGCCCUGUCCUCUGACGUUCAGUCGCAUAGUUAUGUCUACAUCAACGAUCUCAUUUCGCAUCGCUCUUACCCUGUGGAAGACCGGACGACGUUUACCCUCCUUCUUACCCAUCUCCCUCUACACAAGCAGGAGGGUAUAUGCACUGACGGACCUUACUUUACAUUCCACGAAUCAGACGAUGAGGACGGCCCCGACGGCGUACCGCGCUUCAAGGCCGGGGGCCUGAAAGAACAGAACCACCUCAGCGACCACCUCAGCACCGGCGGAGUCCUUCAGGGGAUCUUCGGCAUGACCGGGGACGAAACCGCUCCGGCCGGAGGAUGGGGACGGAAUGGGCUCAUCCUCACAGGCCACGACCACACCGGUUGUGACGUGGUCCACUUUGUGAACCGAACAGUCGACCCAACAACCGACGAGGACUUUAAGUCCCAGUUUUGGAAAUGGGAUGUAAAACGCUAUGCCCCCGGCGCUGUCGAUAACUUUACGCCCUCAAUUAGAGAAGUCACCCUUCGCUCUAUGAUGGGCGAAUACGGUGGUAACGCUGGUCUGCUUUCUUUGUGGUUCAAUACUGCUGUCAACGAAUGGCAGUAUGAGAUCACUAUGUGCAUGGCUGGCGUGCAGCAUAUCUGGUGGGCGGUGCAUAUCGUUGAUCUGGUGGCUUGUAUUCUUCUUCUGGGCUAUAUAGCUGCUGACCACCAUCACACUUCCUUCGCUCGAAGUCGAACCACGCAGAAAAAGGCCAGCAAAACUCACCCUCUUCCAGACAUCUUGGCUGUGUAUCACGUAAACGGUGUCGGAUACUAG